CACACACACACACACACACACACACAGACACAGACACACACAGACACACACAGACACACAUACACAAUGUGUGGCGUGACUGCGCGCGUGUCGGUGCUGCUGGCACUCGUGCUGGUGUACUGGAGCAAUGUUCUUGGUGUUGUGAAUGCACAGGGAGCAGACACGUGUGACACGAUGCUGCUGCAACAGCAAUGCACCGUGCCGACGACGUGUGCAGGCCUCACCAGCUACCUCGCCUGCACGGCCACCCUCAACUGCCAGUCGGAUCCGGCAGUGUCGCAGGUGAUUGCAGACCUGCGGGAAUGCUUCGGCACUGCCGGCAGCGACAACGGAAAUGGAGCGCCGCAGAUGUGGACCACAAACGGCACGCUGUACCUGCAGGCUGGCAACGACAUUGUGUUCCAGACCAAAACGGCAAGCAGCAACAACAAUGACCAUCCCGUGAGCGUCACGGACAUCAAGGGCGUUUUGUCAACACUGCCAACGCUGGCUUUGAAGGGCGACGUGCAGCGCGUGAACGACACCGUGAGCGACGUGGAGGGCGCGCUGCGCACCGAAAUCUCCACCACCAGCGAGGUGGUGACGGAUGCGCUUGUGCCGCGGUUCAGCUCCAUGGAGGCGGCCAUUGCCCGCUCUUUUGCUGCCAUCAACGCGUCUCUCGCCGCCACGUGGUCGUCCCUUGGAUGGCGUCAACGCCAGCCUCACAGACAGCCAUCCCAAAGAUGUGCAGCGGCAUGUGAACCGAGCCGCCGCGGAGGCCAGCAUGGCCCACCGGCGAGCUGA